AAUUUAGUCAAGCUCAAGCCUUUGAGUCUUCGCCUCUCUCUCCCCGUUCUUGUCAGUCAUCACUGAAUGUGGAAAGAAGCAGGCUUGGCGUCUUUGACCCGAUAAACAAUUACAUCCCUCCCUCCUUCCUCCUUCAAUUUAUCUCCCUUCAUAUCUUCCUCGUUUCACAGCUGAAGAUCUCCAUUUUACACACCGACGAAUUCACGAGCCCGAAUAACAUCUCUCCUUUUCUUAUCAUGAGGAUCUAGGGUUUCGUCGUAUCAAAGAUUCAAGCAUUCAUAGAACAAUGGAACUAUUGAAGAACAGGAGUCCUGCUAAUGUGAUUAUUUCAGUUCUCUUGAUCAAUUUCACCUUCUUGCUGCUCAAUAACCAGCUUGGAUAUGGAAUUCAGAGUGAUAUAGAUUGUUUGAGAAAUCUGAGAGAUUCAUUGAAAGAUCCCUUAAAAAUCUUAGCCACAUGGAAUUUCCAAAACAAUACUGAAGGAUUCAUAUGCAGGUUUACUGGGAUCGAAUGUUGGCAUGAAAACGAGAACAAGGUCUUAAACAUCCGCCUUUCUGAUAUGGAACUUCAGGGCGAGUUUCCUCGUGCUCUUGCAAAUUGCUCAGCAUUAACUGGCCUAGAUCUCUCCAGCAAUAAUCUUUACGGUCAGAUCCCUUCUGAUAUUUCGACAAUACUCCAGUUUGUCACUAGCCUGGACCUCUCCUCCAACAAUUUCAGCGGUUCUAUUCCAGACAAUCUUUCGAAUUGUACCUACCUCAACAAUCUAAACCUCGCUAACAACAGAUUCUCUGGACAGAUUCCUCUACAACUUGGCUCUUUGGGUCGAAUCAAGAGAUUUAGCGUAGCGAAUAAUUUAUUGAUUGGUCAGGUCCCAAAUAUAACAAACGCAACCUCAGACAGUUACAAGAAUAAUCCAGGGCUUUGUGGUGAUCCUUUACCACGCUGUCGGGCUCCUUCAAAGAGUGUAAAUGCUGGAAUCAUUAUUGGCAUUGUUGGUGGAGUGUUUAUUGCAGGAAUAGGCUUGACUAUUGGCAUGUUCUUCUAUAUUCGUAGAUUGCCAAAGAAGAAGAAUGAUGACCCAGAAGGAAACAGAUGGGCAAAGAAUAUGAAAGGGACUAAAGCCAUUAAGCUUUCCAUGUUUGAGAAAUCAGUUUCAAAAAUGAGACUGAGUGAUCUCAUGAAGGCAACAAACAGUUUCAGCAAAUACCACAUAAUUGGAUCUGGAAGAACAGGAACUAUGUACAGGGCAACGCUCGAAGAUGGGACCUCACUCAUGGUGAAGAGGCUGCAGGACACUCAGCAUACUGAAAAAGAGUUCACAUCUGAAAUGACAACUUUAGGAAACGUGAAACACCGUAACUUGGUUCCUCUUCUCGGUUUCUGCAUUGCUAAUAAAGAGAGGUUUUUGGUUUAUGAGCACAUGUCAAACGGAACCCUUAAUGAUAGACUACAUCUUGCUAACAACGAAGGGAAUACUUUGGAGUGGCUAACAAGACUUAAAAUUGGUAUAGGAGCUGCCAAGGGAUUCGCCUUUCUUCAUCACAGUUGCAAUCCGCGUGUCCUACACAGAAACAUAAGUUCCAAAUGCAUUCUACUCUCCGCAGAUUUCACUCCAAAGAUAUCCGAUUUCGGACUGGCUAGGCUCAUGAAUCCAGUUGACACUCAUCUAAGCACUUUCGUGAAUGGAGAAUUCGGGGAUUUGGGUUACGUAACUCCUGAGUAUUCCAAAACGCUUGUCGCCACUAUGAAAGGCGACGUUUAUAGCUUUGGAGUUGUGCUUCUCGAGUUGGUUACGGGUGAGCAACCAACCCAUGUGUCAAGAGCAGACGAAAGCUUUCGUGGGAACUUAGUCGAUUGGGUUACAGAAAUCAGAAACAAAGGGAAACUGCAAGACACGAUUGAUAAGUCACUUUUGGGUAAAGGAAACGAUGGCGAGGUUUUUCAGUUUCUUAAAGUUGCGUGUAAUUGUGUUCAGCUAAAUCCGAAAGAGAGGCCGACAAUGUUUGAAGUGUAUCAGUUUCUAAGAGCUAUUGGUGACCCAUAUAACUUGACUACAGAAGAUGAAGUUCUGAUGAUAUCUGAUGUAGGUGAUACUGGAGGAAUAGAUGAACUUAUUGUGGCUCGAUAAGGAAAGCGAACCGGGACAUCGAAACACUAUGUAAGUAUACCUCGAUAUUUUUAUUUGAAUAAAUCCAUUGUUGUUAAUCUUUCGAGGCUUAUAAGCAGGUAAUUAGUUUUCCUAUGUAUAUUAGUUGUGGAGAUUUGUCAAAUAGCGAUGCGAAGUUAUGUUGUAUCCAAUGUGAAACUGGCCUAGUAUUUGAGGUGGGGAAUACAUGAGAAUAGGUAGUAGGUUGAAAGUGGUGUUAUGUGAUUGACACUUUGAAAACUCGUAAGAACUAUUGUAAUUUUUUCUCUUUAAUGUGGUUUUUCACUAUUGUCAAAUUUUCUA